AUAUUCCGACAGUACUUGAAGGCAGCAUCAGAGCCUCCCAGUUACCGUGCGGGCGUCAGGGGGAAGAAGGAAGGAGAUGGCCGAUUAGAAGGCAACGUUUCAUUUGCUACUUCGUUGGCGAGAUUCCUUUAACACAUCUUUCAACGCAUCUUAACAGCUGAAGUGGGAAGAGGACGUUUUAAGUAUUCGCUCCUCUUCCACAAUGGCAGAACAAAACAGCAACGUCAGAUAUCAAGAGCUGGUGAAUGAGGAGGAACCGGCCCAGCCAGCCCAGGAGGGUCCUGCUCAGGACGCACCACCACCCUACAGCAGCAUCGCUGCAGCAAAUGCAGCUUUCUUUGAAUACAAGGAAGAUGGAGGAAGAUUUCCCAACCCUCCAUCCUACAGCGUUGCCACCACUUUGCCUUCCUAUGACGAAGCUGAGCGAAGCAAAGAAGAGGCAGCCAUCCCCCUGGUCACUGGAAGAGUCACGGAGGACGACUUUGUGGCCAGGGAUGACUUUGAAGACGCAGACCAGCUGCGAAUAGGAAAUGACGGCAUCUUCAUGCUCACUUUCUUCAUGGCAUUCCUCUUCAACUGGAUCGGCUUCUUCUUGUCGUUCUGUUUGACCACAUCAGCUGCCGGCCGAUAUGGGGCCAUCUCUGGCUUCGGCCUGUCCCUCAUCAAAUGGGUUCUUAUUGUCAGGUUUUCUACCUACUUCCCUGGUUACUUUGAUGGACAGUACUGGUUGUGGUGGGUGUUCCUGGCCCUGGGCUUCAUGCUGUUCGUCAGAGGCUUUGUUAACUACUCCAGAGUGCGUAAACUGGCUGAUCCCACCUAUGCUACUCUUCCCCGGACAAGGGUUCUCUUCAUCUAUUAGAGGGUGUUGGAUGUGGGAGGACUGGACGUGACCAACACAAGCAGCAACUCUGCGAAGAGUUUACAAAUUUUAAGUGGAGACACUUCACCAGAAAUCGGCCAGACGAGUUAUAGAUGAAGACAACUCUCAAUAAAAUAUUCAGGAAUUAUAUCACUUGUUUUGAAACUUUAUUAAUGGAAAAUGGUUAACAAUUAUAUUCCCUCGAUGUACUCAUUAGUGGUGAAUGUUAAGCGCUAUUUACAUCUGUCUGUAAUGUAUGAGUAAUGCCUUAUAUCAUUUGAUGGUAGCGUAUGAGCAUGCAUCUGCCCUUAAGGUCAAUAAAUAGGGAGCGUCUCGUGUUGGUGACAAUUGAAGCCAACCGGUAUUAAUUAAUACAGCACUCGGUAGACCUGCCACAGCAUGCAACACAUUUUGUAAUCUGCAGUUAUCAUGGUUUUAUUGUGACUAUUAUAGGCUGUUUUUAGAUACCACAUACACUUAUUAAAAAGAAGCUUUCAUUAGGCUGUAAAUGCUGAUGUACCACACUUUUCACUCACCUGUUGGUUUUAGCUAGUGUUGCCCUUUUUUUGUGUAGCCAGGAGGGGACAGUGUUGUCUGCUGCUUCUAAUUCAUUAAGGGCAUUGUCAUCAUAAAACAUACAGGCUUGUGAUUCAAACGCAAUGUGAGCAGAGCACAUUAAAACGACGGCUAUGUAUCAGAAGUUCUAGUUAUGCCUGUUAGAUUUGUUGCUGUACAUUAAAUCAGGUAAGGCGAUUCGCCCCGGAAAUAGAAUUUAGGUUACAAUUAUGAUUUUUAGAUGAUCCAGUUUUUAAACAUGAACAAGCCAGAAACCAGAUGGCCACAAAACCGGGAUGCAGAGUUGCGACAGCAACCAGGAUGAUUGGUAUGGCCGUAUGAGCACAUUUACUGGUUCAUGUCCUCAAAAAGCUCAAGUAGAUGUAAUCGCCCGACCGUACCAUGACUCUUCAGUGAGUCAGCGGAGUCGGCAUCUCAUUCAUUGUCAGUGCUGUCAAGCUCUGUGAUGAUAGAAGAGAGUCCUGGCUGUCUGGAUUCCAGCUGUUUAUGUAUGAUCUCACUCAGACAUUUGGAUCAAAUUAUCUAAGAGCAAAAAAA